UCACUCAUCUCACGAACUUUGUCAUCUUACAAGUCUCCCGACGCGACGAAAUGAAAGCCUUUAUCGUUAUCUGCGCUCUCGUGGCCUGCGCUUCAGCCGCGAAUGAGAAGCGUGAGAAGCGAGGCUUCCUCAGCGGUCUCCACUCCAUUGACAGUCUUUCUUAUGGAGGCUCGUACGGUGGUAUCUAUGGCAGCAACUACGGUUAUGGUGGCUACUCGGGCUACUCUGCACCCGUCAUCAGUCACGCAGCACCUGCGAUAAGCUACGCAUCACCUGUGAUCAGCCACGCAGCACCUGCGAUAAGCUACGCAUCACCUGUGAUCAGCCACGCAGCACCUGCGAUCAGUUACGCAGCACCUGCAAUCAGCUACGCUGCACCAGCUGCCAAAGUUGUGACUGUCAACAAAGUAGUCAACUCUCAGCGUGUCGUCGACGUCCCACAAGUCGUGAACGUGCGCAAAGUGGUGUCUGAGCCUCAAGUAGUGUCCGUUAACAAAGUAGUAGCCGCUCCCAGCUACAACGCCUACAGCAGCGGACUUUCCGGGCUUGGAUACGGAUCUGGCUACGACGCUGGUUACGGUUACGGUUCCAGUUACGGAUACGGAUACGGAUCUGGUUAUGGCUCUGGUUUCUCCAACGGUUGGUGGCGAGUUUAUCACUCAUCUCAGAGCUCACCGCCUACCGACGCACUAAACUGCAAUAUGAAGGCUUUCAUUUUUAUGUGCGCCCUCGUGGCCUGCGUCGCCGCCGAAAGUGAGAAGCGCGAGAAGCGUGGCUUCCUCAGCGGCCUCCACUCCUACAGCGGCGGCAUCAGCGGGGGAUACAGCAGCGGCUACAGUGGCGGCCACGGAGGCUAUAGUGGAUACAGCGGCUACUCAGGCUAUUCCGCGCCCGCCGCCCAGGUCGUGACCGUCAACAAAGUAGUCAACACUCAACGCGUCGUCGAAGUCCCACAAGUCGUGAACGUGCGCAAAGUGGUGUCUGUGCCUCAAGUAGUGUCCGUGAACAAGGUGGUGGCCGCUCCCAGCUACAGCUCUUACAGCAGCGGACUGUCCGGCUAUGGCUACGGAUCCGGCUACAGUUCCGGACACGGCUAUGGCUCCGGAUACGGCUCCGGCUACAGUUCUGGAUACAGCUCCGGCUUAGGCUCUGGCUACUCAAAAGGCUGGUGGUGAAUCUUAUCAUUAGAUUUAGUUCAAAGCGCAUUGUGAUUCUGUCCUCUCUUAGCUGUGUUCUCCCUCCAACUAAGAUUACAUUUGUUUCGUAUGAAGAUAUAUAAAUCUAUGAAUAAUAAACUU